AUCGCGCUGCCCUGUCCGGUGUCCCCCUGGGGGGAGGGCCCGAGGUCUGGCAGCGCCCGCCCAGCCAGAGCGCUGCAGGGGGAGCGUCUCUGACGGGCUGAGCCUCUCUGAUGCCUGUUUCCGUCCCCUGGCAGGUCUCGCUCUGGACCCGGCUCGUGGGGCUAGGAUGCUCUAUCUGGUUGGUCUGGGGCUGGGGGAUGCUAAAGACAUUACCGUGAGAGGACUGGAGGUGGUAAAGCAUUGCCGCAGAGUGUACCUGGAGGCCUACACAUCCAUCCUCACCGUAGGGAAGGAAGUACUGGAGGAGUUCUAUGGGAGAGAACUGAUUCUGGCUGACAGAGAAACCGUGGAGCAAGAAGCAGAUAAUAUGUUAAAAGAUGCUGAUCUUUGUGAUGUUGCUUUUCUUGUAGUUGGUGAUCCAUUUGGGGCCACAACACACAGUGAUCUUGUUCUGCGUGCAGUAAAGCUGGGGAUUCCAUACAGGGUUAUUCAUAAUGCUUCCAUAAUGAAUGCAGUGGGCUGCUGUGGUUUACAGCUGUACAACUUUGGAGAAACGGUUUCUAUAGUUUUUUGGACGGAUACGUGGAAACCAGAAAGCUUUUUUGACAAGAUUCAGAAGAACAAGAAGAAUGGAAUGCACACACUGUGCUUACUUGACAUAAAAGUAAAGGAGCAAUCUCUGGACAACCUGAUGAAAGGAAGGAAGGUUUAUGAGUCGCCACGGUACAUGAGCGUGAACCAAGCUGCGGAACAGCUUCUUGCCAUUGUUCAGAACAGGAGGCUGCAAGGAGAAGAACUGGAAAUUACAGAGAAUACACUCUGUGUUGGCCUAGCAAGAGUGGGUGCCACGGAUCAGAAAAUUAUUUCAGGAACCUUACAACAGAUGUCCACAGUAGAACUCGGUGGUCCACUACAUUCCAUUAUUGUAGCUGGCAGUCUGCACCCUCUGGAAAUAGAUAUGCUUAAGCUCUUUGCUGCAGAUGAAUCUAGCUUUGAAGACAAUGAAUGUCAUCGGAACACUUGAAUAAAGAGACUUUACUUGUCCUCUG